AUGCCCAGACCGGGACGGUCUCUGCUCUCCGCCCGUGUGCCUGGACCUCCUGGACGGCCCGGUGACGGUGGCAUGAGGGACACAGCUUCGGUCGCGCAUUCAUCCUCAGCCAUGGGGGGGCUGCAGAGGAGCCUGUUCACCUGCCGCUCUGCCAAUAGUGUACUGCAAGAAGAAGCGGACUGUACUGUAAUGUUGGAUGUGGAUGUGUGCCGGGACGGGGUGGAUAGGGAAUGGCAGGAGACGGGAAUGGGAGGUGACGAGAGCUGGGUGGUUUGGAUCCGAGGCAGGACGCUGCCCAGGACAACGCAAGCCGUCAUCUCGGCUUCUUCCCCAAAGGAAAUUAAGCAGCAGAUUCCUCCUGACAGACAGCUGUUCCUCCCUGUGCACCCGCCCCACACCCGCCCCGCACCAGCCCGGCCCUCCCUGGAGAAUAAAUCCGCAAUCAACUGGGCCUAUAAAUAG